AUGUAUGAUCAAAUGCAUAUUUUGUCGUAUGAGAACACCUGUCCAUCUCGGACAGGUGUUCCUCAUAGAAUGCAAGGCGCAUUAACCAUACACCCGGUGCUCUGCUCGGAUGAUUCCUCCUUCGGUGCAGAAGUAUACGGCGUCGAUUGGAGCAAGCCUGUUCCAGCAGACAUUGUGGCCCAAUUAGUCGCGUUGCAAGACCAGUAUGGAGUACUGAUCUUUCGCAAAACAGGACUAGACAAUAGUCGACAUAUUGCAUUUUCGCAACAGCUGGGUGAAAAGCUGGAGGUGAAUCCGUUUUUCUACGGACGGGAAAAUGACAGGCUGGGGGAGCCUCUACUGUUCGACGUGGCCAACAUUGAGCUAGAUGGCUCGCUGGUAAAAGUCGACAGUCGCAGGUACCAUCAUAGUUUGGGGAAUGCGUUAUGGCAUACAGACUCAUCAUAUCAUCAAGAACGAUCCAAGUAUUCAAUACUGCUGUCUCAUGGAAGUCCUGUCAAGGGUGGAUCGUGGACCCAUUUUGCAGACACACGCCGUGCCUACGCCGAUCUCUCUGAAGCGAAGAAAGACGAGAUUGAGAGUCUCGUUGUUGAACAUGAUCUGUGGCAUUCUCGAAAGCUUGCGUCGCCGGCUGUGUUUGGAAACCCUCUGCCUCACGAACUGGCAGCCAAGCCGCCUGCCUAUCAUCGUCUGGUCCAAGUGGCCCCUGACGGACGAAAGACACUAUACCUGGCUGCUCAUGCCAAACGAAUUGUCGGAAAGGAUAUUGAAGAAAGUCAACGGCUAAUUUGGGAGUUAAUUGAGCACUGCACUCAAUCGAAAUAUGUGUUUAGCAUGGAAUGGCUGUCUGGUGGCGAUAUGGUCUGCCAAUCCAUGCAUCGCGCCAAUCCCUAUACCGCUACGAUGACCGCCAGGGAUGUCCGCCGGUCUACGAUUCUUGAUGAUGGGCCUUGGGCACUAGGGGUUUCAAAAGAGCAACUGAACUAG